ACAGCCUGCGGGGCAGCCUGAGGGCCGCAGCGGCCUCGCCGAGCGCGGACGGGGUCAUGCCCCGGCCCCGUUCCCCCCGCAGGGCCGGGUGCUUCGGCCUCGGGGGCGCGGAGCAGCGGUGCAGCAGCGGCCGCUGUGGCAGGAUCUGAGGGGCUCGCAGCUCUGGAGCCGGCUGGGGAGCCGCCCGCCGAGCUCGCACACGUGCAUGGGUGGCAUGCUUCAACUGCUGAUCUGUGGCUGGCUGUUUAAAGAAUAGUUGCAAUGAUCUGCAUUUCUUGCCAGUAGGACUUCUCUAACUUUAUUUGUUCCAACUUCCUUCAAUAAACUGCUCCGAUGAAGUAGCAGGCUGAGGCGCUUAGCAUAGGCUUCCCAGUUACUGAAAGAUGUCAGCAAUUGGAGCGGUGUCCUCCUGCUCCUGUCUCUAUUCUGGUGUGUGGUUGCUGAAACCAGGAAUGCAGAAGAUGAGCUCCUUUGGCUUACACACAGCAGCCAGGUGUGCUGCCAAGGAUUAUUAUGAAGUACUUGUGUUGGGUGGAGGUGCUGGUGGAAUCGCCAUGAGUGCUCGGAUGAAGAGGAAAGUGGGGGCAGAAAAUGUGGCUGUUGUUGAGCCAAGUAAGACUCAUUACUAUCAGCCCCUGUGGACCCUGGUUGGUGGUGGUGCAAAGCAGCUGGCAGCUUCUGCACGUCCAAUGGGAAGUUUAAUGCCUAAAGGUGUUGAGUGGAUCAAAUCUCAAGUUACAGCAUUCAAUCCAGAUAAGAACUGUGUCUGGCUGGAGAAUGAUAUCAAGGUAUCUUACAAGUAUCUGAUAAUUGCUCUUGGAAUUAGUCUGCAUUAUGAAAAGAUCAAAGGCUUGCCUGAAGGUUUUAAUUACCCUAAAAUAGGUUCCAAUUAUUCAGCCCAGACAGUAGAGAAAACAUGGAGAGCUUUACAAGAUUUUAAGGAAGGAAAUGCUAUCUUCACUUUUCCAAAUACUCCAGUGAAGUGUGCAGGGGCUCCUCAGAAGAUUAUGUAUUUAUCAGAUGCAUACUUGAGAAAAACAGGAAAACGUUCCAAAGCAAACAUCAUGUUCAACACCUCACUUGGUGUGAUUUUUGGUGUUAAGAAAUAUGCUGAUGCAUUGCUUGAAGUAGUAAAGGACAGGAAUAUUGCUGUAAACUACAAGCGCAACCUCAUAGAAGUUCGAGCAGACAAGCAAGAAGCUGUGUUUGAAAACUUGGACAAACCUGGAGUGACUGAAGUUCAUCAGUAUGAAAUGCUUCAUGUCACACCCCCAAUGGGGCCACCUGCUGUACUCAUCAACAGUCCUGUCUCAGAUGCAAGCGGCUGGGUGGAUGUAGAUAAGGAGACUCUACAACAUAAAAAGUAUCCUAAUGUCUUUGGUAUUGGAGACUGCACCAACCUUCCAACAUCAAAAACUGCUGCAGCUGUAGCUGCACAGUCUGGAGUCCUUGAUAAAACUAUUUCUCUGGUAAUGAAGAAUGAGUUGCCAGCUAAAAAGUAUGAUGGAUACACUUCCUGCCCACUAGUAACAGGCUACAACAAGGUGAUUCUGGCAGAGUUUGACUACAAUGCUCAGCCUUUGGAAACCUUUCCCAUUGACCAGAGUAAGGAGAGAACAACCAUGUACCACAUGAAAGCAGAUAUGAUGCCUCUACUCUAUUGGAAUGCACUACUUAAGGGAUACUGGGGAGGACCAGCUCCUGUCAGGAAGCUAAUGCAUCUGGGCUUGAAGUAACUGCUGCUUCUCAGCAUUGGUUAAAACCUUCCAAAGAAGUGGACUGGCUUCACACUGGAUCAAUACAUAUCUUCCCUCUUGGAAUACCUGGCAGACAUUUAAAUUUUUUUUAAAUCAAGCUUUGGUCACUUUUCCUCCUACUAUGAAUUAAAGCCUUCAUAGUGUUCUUUCUGUGCUCUUUUAUGUAAACUGAGGCCUUAAAGUACUUUUGUAUUUACACAGGAAUCUGACCUUGCCUUACCCUACAGAUUACUACAGGAAUUGCUAGAACAAUCAAUACUUUCAAAGCUAUUGUGUAUGUAAAAUUUUCUUCCUGAACCUAAACUGAUUUGCUUGUAUCCAAGAUCAAUGCAUGCACUGGAUUUAACAGUGAUUCAAUACUAGUAAAAGGGCCUGAAAGUC